GCCUCAGAAAUAAUUCCAAACUUUCUCUACUUGGGAGACUUUCAGAAUGGUUCUGAAAUGUCCCAACUUCAAGCUCUAGGUAUUACCCACAUAAUUGAUGCUACAAAUGAGCAUUAUUCAGAAGAAACAGCAAAGGAACUUUCCAUUAAUUACUUACCAAUAGAUAUUUGGGAUAUUGAAAAGGCAGAUAUAUCCCAGUACUUUGAGUCUACUAAUGAAUUCAUUCAAUCGGCAAAGGACCAAAACGGUAAACUAUUAUGCCACUGCAGAGCUGGUUGGUCAAGAAGCCCAUCCAUAGUGUUGGCCUACUUGAUCUCCUCAAGAUUUUCUGCUUCAUUGAAGGAGGCCUUGAUUUGGACAGUUAGUCAGAGACCAUUUGUUUGCCCCAAUAAUGGUUUCAGAGAUCAAUUGAGAUGUUAUGAGACAAAGAUAUUAGGGGCUCAAUCU